CAGAGGAAACGGUGAAAAAGUGUAAACUUUUCUGAAAUUUUACGUCACUUUGGUACAACGCGCAUGCGCCCACUGCUGCAUGGACGUCAACUUCCGAUUCAGACGUUCACUUCCCUUUUCUCCCAACAUCGAAGAUGGUGAACGUUCCCAAACAAAGACGCACUUUUUGCAAAAAGUGCAAAGUGCACAAGCCACAUAAAGUGACUCAAUAUAAGAAAAGCAAGGAAAGGCAUGCUUCUCAGGGUCGUAGACGUUACGACCGUAAACAGCAAGGUUUUGGUGGACAAACCAAGCCUAUUUUCCGUAAGAAGGCUAAGACAACCAAGAAAAUUGUAUUGAGGAUGGAAUGCACUGAAUGCAAAUACAGGAAGCAAAUUCCUCUGAAGCGUUGCAAACAUUUCGAGCUGGGAGGUGAUAAGAAGAGGAAGGGACAGAUGAUCCAGUUCUAAAUAUCUCUAAAUAUUAUGCAUUUGGGUGUAUUAAGAAAAGAAAAAUAAAUCUAGGAGGAUUUGUAAAA